AUGGCCUGGGCGGGCGUCCAGCUCUUUGCUUUCGUCCUGGCCUUCUGCGGGGUCUCUGGCGUGCUGGCGGCCACCGUGCUGCCCAACUGGAAGGUGACCGUGGACGGGGGCUCCAACAUCAUCACGGCCAUCGUCCAGAUGCAAGGGCUGUGGAUGGACUGCACGUGCUACAGCACCGGCAUGUUCAGCUGCACCCUCAAGUACUCCAUCCUGUCCCUCCCCACGCACGUGCAGGCUGCGCGGGCCGCCAUGGUCCUGGCCUGCAUCCUGUCUGCCCUGGGGACCUGCACUUCCACAGUGGGGAUGCAGUGCACUCGCUUAGGACUGGAGAGAGGAACCAAGAGUCACGCUUCUUUUGCUGGUGGCGUCUGUCUCAUGUCUGCAGGGAUCUCCGGUUUGAUACCGACGGUGUGGUACACGAAGGAGAUUAUCACCACCUUUCUGGACCUGACAGUUCCAGAAAGCAACAAACAUGAACCUGGGGGAGCUGUCUACAUCGGAUUCAUUUCGGCCGUGCUGCUGUUGACCUCCGGCACGAUUUUCUGCACUUCGUGUAUGAAAAGGGAUCCAGAAGCGUGGCUUUCCACCCGUAAGCAGCAGCAGACCCCCACCACAAAGAUUGAGGGCGAUUCAGCAUACAACCUGAGGGAUUAUGUGUAA